UCUGGUUCUAGGUACAAGUACUGAAGCCUGUUCUGGGCAGUUUCGUCAAACCAAGUAUCUGCGGCCACCUGCUCCGUCCUAUCUUGAGAAUUUGGUACCACUUCCAAGACAGAUUCUAGCAAGCUUUGCCUUCACUUUGCCCGCACUUCAACUCCUUAUCAGAAGCUCAACAUCGUCACAAUGCCGCAUAAAUCAGGCGCUUCACCCUUUUGUCGGCGCUGGAGAACCACUGCACCAAGUCCCAACUUCUCCCAUACCAAGCAACAGCAUGGUCACCAUCGAGGCUGUCGUCCACAAAAACACCGCCGACCUCGCCCAGUACCUCAACGACCAAAGACCACAUCCACCUAGAAACUUCGUACCUGACCUGAUCGAAGGUGCCCAAGUCAAACCCUGCACCGGCUGGAUGGAUCUCGGAAAGCCCCCUCAAAAUGGCUGGUGGGCUGACAGACAAACCUGCCAAUGCCCACCGUGCUACUAUUACCAUCUCACAGACCAGGUCAACAAUGGCUCACUGCCCUUCUCCGUCGCUGUGCCCUUGGCUCAACUGAUCAAUGUCGGCCUGAUCAGACUCAACUUCCGCCACCCACAACACGAGAAUGUCUUCACCGCUGAAGACAAGGACUAUGCCAGGUCCCUUCACCGCGACAUCUGCUACGGCAUCAACUCUGGUCAACUUCCUUUGCAGCUUAUGGAGAUCCUCCUGAUCGCAUCUCGCAAAGCUGUGCUCAAGUCCUUGACAGCCGAAGACCCUGAAUACCAUCACAAGGAAUUUGAGAUGUACUUGAAGAGAGCCAUUCAGAAGUACAAGGACGAAGGCAAAGGUCCAGGCUUGGACCUUGAAGACAAUACCGAGCAGGCUCAAGCAGGAGCGCAAGCAGAGGAUGAAGAGUCGGCUGAAUUCGUGUCGGAUGAGGACAAUGGUAUUGAGAAGGCUGAUAUGGAUCAUGAGGUCCCUCACCUUUGGACCGGCAUCGUGGCUGAGCCCACCUCAUACUGAGAUCAGGCGAUGUUCGCUAGAUGUCAAGUCGCCCGGUAUCCGAGACAAAUAACACAUCAAGAAAGAAACGACAGGGAUAAGGAAAUCUCAGGGUCAGCAUCAAGCACAUUUGCAAACAUUGGAUGGGCAAAAGCUUUCAAGGGAGAAUCGGAUCUCGAAUGCUGAGAUUCAAAGAAGGGAAAAGUACUCUGGAUAUUCUAUCUGCGUU